AAUUGCUGCUUGAUUUGACACUCGCUUGGUUUUAUGUGCUGUGCCUGUUGGAGUUCCUUGCUGAACCGCCUCUUGCUAUCAAGAUAAUCCUGUACACCCAGCCUUGCAUUUCUAUAUUUCCACUGCAAGGAUCUCCAGGUGUUGUGAUUAAAUGUUCCAUCAGCAAGAUAUUGCAUAGUUUUAAUAGUUAGAGCAUUUAAAAUAUGUUUUAAGCUGUUGAUACAAACAAUAAAAAUAUACUUUCUCUUAGGAGUGUCAUGUGAAAACAACAGUUUCAUAUGAAAACAGAAAAUGGCUUCAAGAGGAACAACAGAGACCAGUAAACUAAAACAAAACUUGGAGGAGCAGUUGGACAGAUUAAUGCAGCAACUUCAAGAUCUGGAAGAAUGCAGAGAGGAGCUGGACGCAGAUGAGUAUGAAGAGACCAAGAAAGAAACUCUAGAGCAGCUGAGUGAGUUCAAUGACUCCCUGAAGAAGAUUAUGUCUGGAGAUAUGACUUUGGUGGAUGAGCUCAGUGGCAUGCAACUGGCAAUACAAGCAGCCAUCAGCCAAGCAUUUAAAACUCCAGAAGUGAUUAGAAUGUUUGCAAAGAAGCAGCCGAGGCAAUUGAGGACAAGGCUGGCAGAGAUGGACAGAGACUUAAUGGUUGGGAAGUUGCCACGAGACCUGUACACCCAACAGAAACUGGAAAUCCUGACUGCCCUCAGAAAGCUUGGUGAGAAGCUCACUGGUGAUGAUGAGAUGUUCUUGUCAACAAAUGCUGGUACAGCCCUGAGCCAGUUUGAGAGAGUCUCCACUGACCUUGGAUCAGGAGACAAAGUCUUUGCCCUUGCAAGCGUUGAAGUAGAAAAAGCAAAACAAUGAAGAGGUUCAUGAGGCUUGUGUCUCCAGUUAUCAACAGCAUUGGAUUUUGGUCAUACUGCGUUUGGUUUUUCUGUUUCUAGCAUGUUGAGAAAAAGCAAAGCAAAACAAAAAACCCAAGUCCUAAACUUACUGGGUCCUUAACCAGAAGAUACGAAGUAAACAGCCUUAAGUGCACUUUGGAACCUUGGUGUCUGUACCCUUUAAGUAAUACAAGCUCUGAGGCUGAACACUAAGUGGAAUUCUAAAACAAAAGCAUGGUAUGACUGUCUUUGGAAAGAGGCAGCUCUUUUGAACUUUUUCGGAUGUGUAUUUCUCUAACUAUUAAAACUUAAUCUUUUUGCA